GCAGCGAUGUUGAUUUUGCCUGAAGUUAACGCGAAACCUUUUCAUUUCUUGUACAACUAUUCUCCAAGCAAAAUGGAAACAGCCUCUCCAUGUGAUACCGAUACAGCCACCAAUUCUCGUUUUACCCGUCAAAAUACCUCUUCACACUCCACCUGGCAGCGCCCCAAUGGUUCUGGCUCCCCGUCAUUUGAUCAACCGUUGGGAACGGAGAACCCUUCCGCUGUUCAAAAUGCUAGCACUGUAUUUCAGAGAAGACGUGUCAAUCCUGAGAGCCUCGCUCUCCGACUAGGGCCGGAUCUUGUCCGUGAUCUUGAGGCACUGAUACACCCUGGAAACAUCGAGAUGCCGUCCUUUGCUGUCCGGAAAGAGCUGCAAGAACGUUACAAUAUCGACAGGAGGCAUGUCUAUGAUUAUUUUCACAGCCGAGGCUUGCGCGUGAUCAAGGAAGAUAAGAAUGGUAACACAACCGUACCAAACGAUUUUGUUCUAGUGCCGGCGCAAUCGCCGAAGCCGAACCUCCGCACUUUGCGCCAAGCGCCUGUAAAGGAGUCACAGAGAGCAACCGUGAACUUGGUAUCGAAACUCAAGGAGGCCAAGCCCUCAGUUAACAAACCUCGUGGAGUUACAAAGGCCAGACCUGGCCGUCCAAGGAAAUACGCCGUUCGAUCCACUCAUGACGACCCCCUGCCACCUGCAGUCAUUUGUCCGUCAUCUCGGAUGGCUCGCGCAUUUAGUCCAAUCCUCCAACCUGACAUCCUUCCUGCGAACGACACGGACAACAACCAUGAAUUUGACAUGGCGGUUAGCACUAUUGACGAGUCUGAUUCAUUUGCAGAAGCGAUAGACGAGGUCUCUUACACGUAUUGUGGCCCACCGGUAUUAAUGUUCGAGACAACCCCACUCCACACCCUUUCCCAAGCGGUGUCAGAUCUAAGAACCGAUGGGGCUGAACUAGGUUUAUCGCCACGCAAGACUUCUGCCGACCCUUUGUCACCGAACGCUUGUACACUCUCAGCUACUGAGCGGAUGGCACUUUAUCAACUUCUUUCUGGAUCGUUUGGUACUCCUCGUAAUAUCCAGGAAUGCGCCGGUACAUACAGAAAUUACAUGCAGGAACGGUCGCAACUGUACUACGAGGGGCUUCUUGCAGUGCCUUACCGAAACUCUCAUUAUAAUGACCGAAGACGAGCUUCUUCCGACAAUCGCCAAUCGGUUCCUUGCAAUGGCAGCGAGUAUAGACGCUGGGUUAACCCGGGAGAGUUCUGCAUAAUGGACAAGGCUUCGGUUAAGCCGGUCAAAUCUGACACGGGUACGAUCAGGCCAGUCCUUUCCUUUGACACAGAUAACGGGACGCAUCCGCUGGACACGUUGUUCCCAAUACUUGAGACCAGCGUCGAUAAUCCAAUCAGGGAAUCACCUGUUAUCCGCAGUCGGCGCCAAUCCUAUGUACCUUUAGAUUUCUAUUUCCUUCCAAAUGAGGAAAGGGGUGAGGCUGAGGAUCUCCUUCUGGAUGUAGCAUCUAACUCGGGCGCCCCUGAACUUCCCAACCAUUCGGUCUCAUUACAGUCGAAGAUCCGUGGAGGAUCUGUCCACGGACAUCCGGAUUUCCCAGGAUCUCCGCCACUGCUGCCUUUGGCUGAACUCUACCAUGUCGAUGUCAACCCUAAGCGCCCCGCCCCGUUGCCACAACCGGCUUCGAACGUCAAUGAAACCAAGAAAAGUCGCCGGAAGAGUGUAGCUCCACAAACCCGCUUCGCUCCCUGUACUCCACAGAAGUCGUACCUACGUGAAUGUGACAAGAUCAGGACCAGGUCCUUUACGUCCCGCAGCGCUAGAAUGCGGACGACUUCUGCUGGUGGAGGAAUGUAACAAACAAUAGCGGUGACCUUGGCACCGCAAAUGUUUCACGUUUAUUUAACAGCAGUUCCACUUUUGACUUAGGCUGUCAAUCUGCUUCGCGAACCCCUGAAUUCCCAGCGUCACCUCUUAACCAUCGCACGACUUGGUCUUGGGAUUCCCAGAUCCUUAAAGACAGUUUCAUGUUCCAUGAUGACAUUCUCUUUACGGUACCAUUUGCCAAUAAUAAUAAUUAAAAGGUUACCCUGAUCCAGAACGCAGUUGCCUUGUUUUUUUUUCAGCCCUCUUUUCGUUUAGUCCUGUUAUUUAGUCU